GACCCGGGGCAGGGCAGCAGAUGGACACACAGCACAGCACAGCACAGCACGGCAACUUUUAUUGCUUGUCCCGUCCUGCCGCUUCCUCUUCCGUCUUCCUCUUGCGUUGCGCGUCGCCGCCACCAAAUUCCAAACCGCAAUCCCGCCGCAAUCCGCUCCCUGCGCGCGAAAUCAGCUCACGGUUUUCGGCUCACGGGUCGCUGAAUUCCUCCUCCUCCUGCUCGCUCGCUCGCUCGCUGACUUCCACUCAACUGCUCGCCUGGCCUGCUGGCCUGCUGCUGCUUCAAUCAAUCCACGGAGGCUGGUCUGCUCGAAGCUCGGCCCCUUCCUUCCGCUCGCUGCUAGGUGGCUGCACGGAUCUUCCUCCCAAGGUUCCUCUUUCCUCCCGUCGAAUCGAAUUCUUCCUCAAAUUCCGAGUCUUUGUGCCGCCCGGAGCUGCUCCGUCCGGUCCGGGUUCGUCAAGACCGAGGCAGCAGACUAGGCAGCGAAGCGAAGCGCUUUAGGGUUCCCGCGCGCGCCUGCCCUGUGAUGUUCGGGAAUGGCGCUUAAGGCCACGGCGCAGGGCGCCGCGGAGGCGGCCGUAGCGGCCAUCGGCCGGGGCUACGACGUCGUCUCCGACGUCCGCCUCAAGUACUGCAAGGGCAAGCUCGCGGACCCGGACGCGCGCCUCAUUGACGUCUCUCGCGAUGACGUCCAGGACGUCCUGCUCCCCGCCGGGAUCAGGGUCGCCGCCGUCCCCAAGUCCAUCAAGUGCGACAAGGGCGAGCGCACGCGCUUCCGCUCCGAUGUCCUCUCCUUCCAGCAGAUGUCAGAGCAGUUCAACCGGGAGCUAUCGUUGACUGGGAAAAUUCCCUCCGGCAUGUUCAAUAGCAUGUUUGAUUUUUCUGGGUGCUGGCAGAAAGAUGCAGCUAACACCAAGUCACUUGCCUUUGAUGGUUGGUACAUUUCGCUAUACACCGUCGCGCUAUCAAAAUCUCGGAUCCUACUGCGUGAUCAUGUUACUCAGGCAGUUCCUUCAACCUGGGACCCUGCUGCUUUGGCAAGGUUUAUUGAAAAGUUUGGAACACACAUAGUUGUUGGUGUGAAAAUGGGAGGGAAAGAUGUUAUCUAUUUGAAACAACAACAUUCAUCAAGCUUGCAACCAGCCGCUGUCCAAAAACGACUCAAGGACAUGUCGGACAAGAGAUUUCUGGAUGCAAACGGACAGUAUGACAUGAAUAACAAGGAUGUUUAUGGGAAGGACAAGCAUGAUGCAAGAGACCAACGGCUAAGAUUUGUGGAAUCAAGCCCAUCAAGUUCAUACUGUACGAAGGAGGACUUGGUGAUGGUGGUUAAGCGGAGAGGUGGUAAGGAAUGGGACAAAGAUAUGCCUCACAGCGAAUGGAUAAACACUGUUCAAUCAGAACCUGAUGUUAUCUCAAUGUCCUUCUUACCUAUCACUUCUUUGUUGAACGGAGUACCUGGCUGUGGGUUUCUCAACCAUGCAAUUAAUCUGUACCUACGCUAUAAGCCUCCGAUUGAAGAACUACAUCAAUUUUUGGAGUUCCAGCUACCAAGACAAUGGGCACCUGUGUACAGUGACCACCCUCUUGGCCCUCAAAGGAGGAAACAGAGCAGUGCAUCUUUGGCCUUAAGUUUUAUGGGACCAAGGCUCUAUGUCUGCACUAAUAUGGUUGAUGUGGGUGAAAGACCUGUUACUGGGAUUCGGUUGUAUCUUGAGGGGAAGAAGAGCAACAUGCUGGGUAUCCACCUUCAACAUCUAUGCUCGCUUCCUCAAAUCCUGCAGCUCCAGGAUGAUCCAUACAACCACCGAACUCCAGAACCAUAUGACCGCAAGUACCUGGAACCAUUUGGAUCCUGGAAGCGUUUCUCUCAUGUUUACACAGCGCCAGUGGAGUCAGACGAUGAUUCCUCAAUCGUGACCGGGGCACAGCUACAUGUGAGCAGCCAUGGGUUGAGGAAGGUCCUCUUCCUCCGCCUCAAUUUCUCCAAAGUCAGUAAUGCCGCGCUUGUCAAGAACCCUGAGUGGGAAGGGUCGCCGAAUCUGGGGCAGAAAUCUGGCCUCAUCUCAACGCUCAUCAGCACACAUUUCUCUACAGCGGCUCAGAAGCCUGCCCCUCGCCCUGCUGAUGUGAACAUCAACUCGGCUGUGUACCCUGGUGGUCCGCCAGUGCCUGCGCAGGCACCAAAGCUUCUGAAGUAUGUGGACACAGCAGAGAUGGUGCGCGGACCGCAGGACACACCGGGAUACUGGGUGGUCUCUGGUGCCAAGCUGCAGCUGGAGAGGGGCAAAAUAUCGCUGCGGGUGAAGUAUUCGCUGUUGACAGCCAUGGUACCUGACGAGUAUACACUUGAUGAAUGAACAAGGUUGAAACUCAUUGCCUCAAAGGGGGCUAGAUAAUGUGCAUUUGAUCAUGUGGUGCAUUGCAAGUAAAGAGUUUCAGCAUUCUUAGGAAACCUGACUUGUAUGUACAUCGCUUGUCCUUUCAAUUAUGACCAUUUACUCGGCGGAUCCGGCGGCUGUCCGUAGUACAAUCUUUGAAAUUAAAUUUGUUUUGCAAAGAGGUACACUACAUUCUUUGUAUAUAUACAUAUGUAUCCGCAACGCAACGAGGUGAAAACAAUGGUCGCCUUGCUUA